AUGGACUCACUCGAUGCUAUCGACCAGGUUGACGAAGACCUCGAUCGGAACGCGGACACCCGGGCUGCGGGCUUCUUUGGGAAGAAUUCAGAGGUCAAUUGGAUUCGCAAGCUGGAGAGCGGCGUGGAUAUGAAGAGCGCACAGGAACAUGUGGCGAAUCAUUCUCAAACGCAAAGUGAUCGUGAUCCAGCCUUUAUGCAGCAGCAACAGUCAUUGGAAAGGCAGAUUCCCACUUCUACGAUGGAUUAUCAUCUCGACAAUUUGGACAUUCCGAUGAUUGAACCAUGUGACCCAUUAGCUUUGCCCCCGUCGGCAUUGGCAGACCGAUACUUCGAUGCCUAUCUGACCAACGUUCAUCCGACAUUCAGCGCAGUUCGGAAGAUGACCUUCAUCUCCCAGUAUCAGAAGUUUUUCAACAAUGAAUCGACACCACACCGGAAAUGGCUGGCCAUUCUCAACAUGAUAUUUGCUAUUGGUUGUCGCUACUCUCGACUCAUAAAUGACCCCCAAAGCACUAGUGAGGAGGACCUGAUAUACCUGACCCGGGCACGCCAUCUCGGUCUGCAGGGCAGUGUGCUAUUCGAGCCCACUGACCUCCAGCAGAUCCAACUCGAACUCCUCAUAGCAAUUUACAUGCUUUGUCUGGGACAGGUCAACCGAGCAUCCAAAUUCUCCAACAUGGCCCUCCACUCAGCUAUAUCUCUCGGCAUCAACCUCUGCAUAACAGACGACCGCACCAAAGAAGCCGCCAAAGAAACUCGCGGCCGACUCUGGUGGUCCAUAUACUCCCUCGAGCACCUUCUUGCAUCAAUGAACGGCCGGGCCUCCUGUGUCGGCGAAGGCCUCUGCUCCGUCCCUGCACCUCUUCCGUACGAAGAAGAAAUAUUCGAUCAAUCCGACGCUAAACGCCUCCUCCAAGAUCCGGCCCUCCGCGAAGCCCAACUCCGCUCCACCAUUUUCGAAAGUCCCAGCCAACACCACUCGCCCUCAUUGGUGACCUCCUGUCUACCCUGUCCAUCCCUCUUCUUCAACUUCCUUGUCGACCUAACCCUCAUCACCCACGCCCUCAUCAACAAAGUCUACAGUAUCAGGGGUCUCCGCAAAGGCCCGAGCCAGUUAGAAUACCACGUCCAAAAAUCCAGCCUACAAAUGGACCGCUGGCUCUCAAAACUUUCCCCCUUCUACGAAUUCACCAUUCCAAGCUCCGAUCCCUGGCACCUAAAGCACCCCCAACUAGACGACCUCUCCGCGCCCUUCGUGCGCGAACGCGUCUGUCUAGCAAUGAACUAUUACUCCGCCCGAAUCACCCUUUGCAGACCAUGUCUAAGCCAUAUCCACCAAUCUCCCCGCCACGUCUCACCAACAGGCGAUCACGCUGCGCGCGAAAAAGCGCGGUCCGAAAGGGCCACACACUGUCUGCAAGCUUCCUGCGCACUGAUCUCCAUCUUCCCAGAAGAUCCGAACAUUGCAUGGCUGGCCCGCACCACGCCCUGGUGGAGCAUUCUGCAUUUCCUCAUGCAGGCGACUACGGCUAUAUUGCUGGGUUUGUCAUGCUGUUCUGACUCAAAUACGCCCACCAGCCCGGACCAUGCGGAUCCGCUCCUGACACCUGUUACGCCGUCUAUAUCCCAGACCGGGGCUUACUCGCCGCUGCUGGAGAAGGAUUUGACUACGGCUGUUGCGGCGACUAAGAAGGCCCUCGCUUGGCUUCAUAUGACUGCUUCUGUGGAUCCGUCGGCACGACGGGCAUUUCUGCUUUGUGAUGGGAUUGUUAGAAAGAUUGCACCUGGCUUGGGGAUUGAUUUGACGGAGUGGCCGGAUGGGAGUUCUUUUGAGAGGUUGAUGGAGGAGAAGGAGAUAAGUGGACAUGGGAAUUGGAAUGUAGAUAGUAGCGGAAGCAAUGAGCACCACAGUGGGAGUGGGAUGGAGGCGUAUGAUGAGUUGGUUGAUUUCGACGGAGGUGUUUUUUAG